GGUUUGCUUCCGUUGGCCCUGCCACUGGUACUUGGAAAUUGUAGCUCGAACUGCGAGCAGGUUGCUGUCGAAUAAGAAUAACAUCAUCAGUGAAAAACAUAAAUAGUGAGAAAUCAAACAAUAAACCAAAGAUCCGUGCAAUUAAUGCACAAUUAAUCACAGCAAAUAUUGUGGAAAAGUCGUGGAUAUUUUGAAAAGCACAAAUAAGUGCGCAUUUUGAAAGAGCUGCAUAUGCGUUAAAUUAAACUCAUUUAUUAUUAUCAUUCAAUGAAAACAAAUUAAGUGUUUGCAUGGGAAAUAACUUGUCAACGGGAGGAAUUGUACGGAUUGACCGGGGAAGAAUCGUGUUCUUUGAUAGGCCUAUUGAGUCCCAGGAUCUUAAAGUGCAGUCAGGGAUGGAGUCUCUAUCUGCAGGUAGCGAAGAAGCGGAGACAGCGACGAUGAGCGGAACCCACAUCGAGCAGUUGCCAAAUGAUCUCUGGAUAGAGAUAAUGUCGUAUUUAUCGUACUUGGAUCUGCAGCAACUUCGCCUGGUCUCGUGGCGCUGUCGUGAUUUGGUUAAUCGUCGCUACUUUCUGAACAAAGGCAAGGUGAUAGUGACGAAGGAUAAUCUAAAGGAAAUGAAGCUGCAUGUGGAGCGUGGAAAUUCCUAUCUGAGUUUUGAGUUCGUCGAGUUGCGCAACUUGACGCAGAGUCCCGAAUUGGAUCAGUUUCUGAAACUUGUGGGACCGGAGGUUAAGGAUAUAAUGGUGCGUCACUCGCCGGUUUUCCGGAAUAUGGAUGGAAAGCUGCCCAAUUUGAAGAUACUGAAAAUAGCCACCACUAGCUUCUUGGAGGAUGCCAGCAUGACGAUCGAUGGUAUCAAUUUAAAGCAAUUUCUUCAUUUACAUGGUUUCGAAUGCGAUGGCGUCAGUCUGGACUCAUCGCUGAAGCUGUUGAUGCUGAUGCAGCUGCGCCGUAUGGAGAAUAAGGUGCGUUUGCGACAUCUGCAGUUCGAGUAUCGACGGAACAAUGAGUCAGCUCUGCUGCAGGUGCUCUACGAUCAUGCACCUACCUUGGAGUGUGUUGACAUCUUCUUCAGCUGCUCGCCUGGCAUCGAUACGGAGGAUUGGUGCUUGGCCUUUGAGCUGAUGGGUAAACUGCGCUCUUUAAAGCUCUCUGGCAACUGCCAUCUCGUUCUGCUGGAUGAUAUACUCUACUCGAUUCCGGAAACAGCACAGCUCCAGCAUCUGGAUCUCACUGGGAUGCUCUCACUGACCAAUGACAUGUUGAUACUUAUUGCCAGUAAAUGGCACAAGACUCUCCGCUCUCUUGAUCUCAUGUUCUGCGUGCAGCUGGACGUGCGUUGUGUCCAGGCAUUAAGUCAGUUAAGCGGUUGCCUACAGUCCUUGACCAUGGCCUAUUGUCGUGCUUUGACCGGGCGAGGAUUAGUCGAGGGACUCACAUCUCAGAUAAAUAAUACUCUACAGGAACUUUAUCUGGAGGAUGUGUGCUUUAUUGAUGAGUCAUCCAUGUGCACAAUGAUAGAGCGUUUACCCAAUCUUCGCAAGCUCAGUCUGGACAACUGUCGGCAGGCAACCACUGACAAAACUCUUGCCACAAUCUUUCAGCAUCAAACUCGAUUGCGUGUGCUCAAGAUUGAUUACUGCGCCAAGAUUACGGAUAGUGGCUUCAUUGGCUUUGGGGAGGAGCCGUAUCCCAUCACUCGGCUGAGGGGUCUUCAUCAGCUGAACGUUCGAGGAUGUCGCCAGCUCACAAAUGAGCUGCUUGAACAGGCUCUAUUUCUUCCGGAGUUACUCAGCCUAACAUUGGACUAUUGCAAUCGCAUGGACACGAAGGGCAUUGCUGCAGUUAGCGUCAAUUGUCCCUCCCUGGAGUUUAUCUCUUUGGCCAGCUGCUCACUGCUAAAUGAUGAGGCAGUGCUUCAUGUUGUCAGGAAUCUUAAGCGUUUGCGCACUCUCACUAUCAGCAACUGUUCCAUGCUCACCUUGCAAGCAUUUCAUCAUAUUGCCAAUGAAGCUCACAAUCUACGGCACCUCGUGGCUUGCAGCAUUGAUGGACUUGAUCACGAGGCCGCUCAGAAGGUUCUGGAGCAGCAGUUGCCAGAAUUGAAGCAGGUGAUGCUAUAGCAGGAGAGGCUCGUUCACUGACUAGACGAGAACAAUCCCCACGAAGGCUGGGGAACUGACGACGAGGACGAAGCUGAGAUUAUCGAAAUUGAGGUAUAAACUGACGCAGUACACGGAGCACAUUGAGAAGUAGAUGAAGGAGCAGAUGGUGUAGCAAGAGAAGAACAGAAUCAAGAGCUGAAAGAGACGCAAAAGGAGAGGGUUUUAGAAUUCAGAACAGACAAGGAAGGAGAAGCAAAUGAAAGUAGCAUAAACAUUAAUUGCUUCUUGUCAAGAAGAAGAGACACAACAAUUCGUUUAAGAAGAGCUGGAAGCUAAACAAAGGAAGAGAAAAAAAGCAUUUGAAGCAUGAGCAAAGCAGUGCAAUAUGAUCGAAUCUGUUUAUUAUUUACAACUAAUUUCUAAGAAAUUAGACUAUCAUUUGUUUUCAUUUUAAUUUAUAUUGUAUUCAUAUUGCUAUGAAGUUCAAAUGUGAGAGAAACUAUUGUUAAAACCGGGGGGAAAUUAUAGAAUUAUUUAUACAUCUAACGUAGUUUUAAUUUUUACUUCGUAUAGCCAUAACACUACCAACUAAAGGUUUUCAACUCAAACAAUAAUAUGUUACAAAUACAAGCCAAAAAGA